UUAAAGAAUUCAAAUCUCAUCUGAAAAUUUAUUCUAUCAUUAUCUAUAAUUUGUUUUUAAAAAAUAUUAGCUAAUUUAGCUCGAAAAGAAAAAAAUAUAUUACUUAAUGUUAUUUGCUAAUGUCACGUGCUUAUCAUUACCCCCUCCCAAUAAUUGAGAACAGUUACGGCUGCUCCCACCAUAGUCGUGGAUGGGCCCACCUCACCCCUCUCCUCUUAUCUCGUUACGGACAGCCUUGACUCCCUGCCCGAUUCGUGUAUCCUAAUCCUUUUACCGGAUGUACUAAUUACGAGGGGAGAUGAUAGGAAGCAUGACAGCAACACAGGUCGACAUUGCUCUUCUUGUCCUUGAUACCUUCCGUGAGACAGGAGACUGGUGCAACCUGGAGAAUCCAACUCCACUCUUGUGUCGGAUCCACAGGGCAAGGAAGAGCCUCUUCUACGUCCCCUGUUAAUUCCAUCCUCCGGAGGACGCAGCGUCCAUGGUGAAGGAAGGACGAGAAGGGGCAGCGCCAGUGCUGGGGAAGUACGAGCUUGGGAGGACGCUGGGCGAGGGCAACUUCGGCAAGGUGAAGCACGCCAGGCACUUGGAGACCGGGGAAACCUUCGCCGUCAAGAUCCUCGACCGCAAGCGCAUCCUUUCCCUGAAGGUCGACGACCAGAUCAAGCGGGAGAUUGCCACCUUGAAGCUGCUGAAGCAUCCCAACGUCGUCCGCUUACAUGAGGUAUCAGCAAGCAAAACCAAGAUUUACAUGGUCCUGGAGUUCGUUAAUGGUGGCGAGUUGUUCGACAAAAUUUUGAAGGGAAAGCUUUCAGAGGAAGAAGGAAGGAGGCUUUUCCAGCAGUUGAUUGAUGCUGUCAGCUACUGCCAUGAUAAGGGUGUUUACCACAGGGAUUUGAAGCCAGAAAAUGUGCUUGUAGAUGCAAAAGGAGACAUAAAGAUUUCAGAUUUUGGCCUCAGUGCUUUACCUCAGCAUCUUGGGAAUGAUGGUUUGUUGCACACAACAUGUGGAAGCCCAAACUACAUUGCUCCUGAGGUCCUCUCCAAUCGAGGUUACGAUGGCUCGAGGUCAGAUAUCUGGUCUUGUGGUGUCAUCCUCUAUGUCAUCCUCACUGGCUUUCUCCCUUUCGAUGACCGGAAUCUCGCUGUUCUUUAUCAGAAGAUCUCGAAGGGAGAAACGGAGAUCCCCAAGUGGCUCUCUCCUGGUGCUCAAAACAUUUUGAAAAGAAUUCUUGAUCCAAAUCCUAUAAUGCGAAUAAAUAUGGCGGGAAUCAAAGCAGAUGACUGGUUCAAGCAAGAUUAUGCACCUAUUGUUCCAAAUGAUGAUGACGACGACAAAGAUGUAGAUAGUCUUUAUGCUUCUCUUUGCAUUAAAGAGCAUAAUGUGCCAGAUGAAGAUAGAACUUCAUCUAGUCAUAUCAAUGCAUUUCAGCUGAUUGGAAUGUCUUCAUCACUUGACCUUUCUGGAUUCUUUGAGAACGAGGAUGUAUCCGAAAGGAAAAUUAGGUUCACAUCGAACCAUGCACCAAAACAUCUGUUCAACAAGAUUGAGGACAUUGCUACAGAAAUGGGGCUUCAGGCUCACAGGGGACCUGGCAAAUUGAAAGUUACCCAGAAGCACAACCCAAAGAGCCCCGGGAGCACUGGCUCACUCUCUGUUGCUGCAGAGGUGUUUGAGCUGAGUCCAUCUUUGUAUGUUGUGGAACUGAGGAAGUCACAAGGUGAUUCUUCAUUGUACAGAAAGAUGUGUGCAAAGCUAUCAGAGAAUUUGGGUGACUGUUAGGGACAACAGCAGCUUUAGGAGGCCAAGAUGUCAGCAGCCAUGAAGGGGAGGUGCCUCCUGUUGUGUUGUAACCCAAUGAGGCUUUGUAGCAUUAGGUGCAGGAGGAAUGUAUGCUUGGAAUAACUGAAAAAGUGUAGAUAAGAAAGCAUCCUUGGAGGAUGCUGUGAUGGGCUUGUGUUGGAUACGGUGAGUAUGAUUUUCUUUUUUCCCUCUCUCUUCUUUUUAGCUUUAAUUGUUAUCCUCCGCAAAGAGGGGAAGAGUUCGCAUAAAAAAUUGUUUGUAUUAUGCUCCUCGGUAGCGAGGAGAUUCAUUCAUAUAUGUGACGACCAAAG